AGAAGGGAUUAAGCAGUGUGGGUGGUGGGUUGGGUCCAGCGUGGCACACAAGGCAAGCCAUCUCAACCUGGAAGGCAAGUCAAGUUAGGGGUAUGGCAAUGCAAGUCAAGUCAGGGUAGAAUGUGGGCAAGUCAAGGCAAGUCAGGGGUACAUAUUGCACGCAUGGUGAUGGUGUUGAGUAUAAAGAUCACGACAAUGUCCGCCGUUUCCCUUCUCGAAUCUCUCUUGCAGCAGACACAGGUUCAGUAUUACUCCUGGUUCUCAUAUCCCGUGGACUGUCUUGUCUUCUCUCUGAAAUAACCACUUCUCCAACACAAAAUGAAGGCAUCUCUGUUUUUGGCUUCCGCCAUGGCGGCCACCGGUCUGGCGGCGCCCUCGACGAGCCCCAACGUGGCUAAGAGAGCCGAUGUCACCACCGAUGAGCUUUCCAAGCUCCACUACUGGGCUGAGCAAGCUGGCACCGCCUAUUGCAACAGCAACAACGCUGCUGGCACUCCCGUCGCUUGCUCCAACAGAGUUUGCCCUACCGUCGCCGGCGACAAGGCCGUGACUAUUGCCUCUUUCACUGGCUACACCACUGAUAUCCGCGGCCUUGUCUCAGUUGACCCUGUCAAGAAGGUUAUCGCUGUUUCCUUCAGAGGAUCCUCUUCGGUCCAAAACUGGAUGGCCGACGAAAAUUUCGUCCAGGUCCCCUGUGACCUCGUGAGCGGCUGUCUCGUCCACGCCGGCUUCUACACCGCCUGGAAGGAGGUUGCGACCAAGGUCACCGCGGCCGUCCAGUCCGCCCAUGCCACCAACCCCGACUACAGCAUCGGUGUCACCGGCCACUCGCUCGGCGCUGCCGUCGCCACCCUCGCCGCCGCCUACCUCCGCAAGGCCGGCUACACCGCCGACCUCAUCACCUUCGGCUCGCCCCGCGUCGGCAACGAGGCCUUCGUCGCCUUCGUCACCAACCAGCCCGGCGACGAGUACCGCGUCACCCACGCCUCGGACCCCGUGCCCCGUGUCCCUCCCAUCUACGACAACUACCGCCACACCUCCCCCGAGUGGUGGAUCAACACCGAAUCAACCCAGCCCACCACCAGCCAGGUCAAGAUCUGCGAGGGAUACGCCAACAUCCAGUGCAACGCCGGCACACUCAGCUAUAACAUCGCUGACCACCUUAACUACUUCGGGAGCAUCGGCGGCUGCUUGGUUGGCGGCCGCGGCUUCGGUUGGAAGAGGGAUGACACUAACGUUGCGGCUAGCAACGUCACUGAUGAGGAGCUCGAGACUCGCGUGAAGCAGUGGACUGCCGAGGAUGUUGCUUAUGUCAAGAGCAACAAUCUUGAGACUGACUUGAAAGCCUUGGUGUUGUGAGAAUCACAUCAAGUAAAUGAGAAGACUGAUGUUGCUACUGGCGGGAUGAGCUCUAAGUCGGGGUAGGAGGUAGGAGUAUGGAAAUGAGAAGGUGGAGGAGAAAUUGAGAUAAAGAUGGAAUGC